GGUGCGCACUUGCCAUGUUAAUAAUUUUUCUUCACGUAAGAGUUAGCCUAACUUUGAGUGCUCGUAUUACUCCCCGUCGCUGUGCCUUUUCGUCAGAGUGCGCGCAUUAUUCGCCGUCGUAAAAGGAUUCGCCGUCGACGACGCCAUCACCGCGCAAGUAGGUAUUUACGAGUGAGUGUUAUUUUCACCAUCGUGUUUACUUAUGUUAUUAUAGCGCCCUGUACGCGUUUAUCCGUGCCAUAUUCGCAUUUCGCCGACGUGCAAGUGCGUUCCCUUCGGACUAUCGUGACACCAUAUUUCGCCGACGCGCGAAUUCAUCCCGUACGGUCAUACGAGUGCUGGUGUCUUCUAUCGUGCAAACAUUAUCGGCCGACUGUCACAUAGUAUCCGCUGACGAUAGUGAAUUCCACGCCGCAUUAGCGCCGAUCUCUAGUCGUCACCGUGUAGACAUUACUCACUAACGGUGUACAACUUGCUGCACUGCCCAUUUUGUCACCUGCUCUUUUCCGGCUCAGGAGGAAAAACACCAGGAACAAAGAACAUGAUAUGAGUAAUGAAGAUUUAGAAAUAAAGGAUGAAGAAAAACACACCGAUGAAAGGUUAUUGGUCAUUGACGGUGAAAACAAACUUGAUAAAAUUGAUACAGGUGUAACUGAAUGCUUGGAUAAUGACGAGUCUGCUAUGUCUGUUCCAAAUGUUGAAAACAAAAUUAUGGAAUCAAUUAGUAAAAUUGAAAUUAAUAUUGACCAAGCUGACCAAAUAGUUGACCAAAAUAUUACAGACCAGCCAACAAUUGAUAUUUUAACAUCUAUUAGAAACAAUAAUUCAAAUGAAUAUAGUGGUGAAGAUAAAAUUAUAUAUGAAGAACGCCUAAAUCAAAAUAAUAUGAUAUUAAAUUCUGAAAUACAUCAAAAACAUCAACCACAAAAUGACUUGAGUGAAAUACUUUUGAAAACAAGUUCUAGACCACAACGUCAUGCUUCAAAAACAGCAGAAAAUCAAAUCAGAGAAAUAGCGAAGGAAAUAUUCAAACCUAUUGCUAGUAUUGAUGACAAAAUUAUAGAUACAGUCGAAGAGUUGCCAUUUCAAAUAAAAAAAGUGUGCUGCCAAUGUAACAGGUUUCGUAUAUGUAAAUUUACUGUAAAUGACCAAAAGUCUAUAUAUUUGUGCCAAGAAGAGUGUGUUAAAAAUUACCGUAAGAAAAAUAGUCAGUGCGACUUUGAAAAAAAAUGCCAGUGUUGUCAUUCAGUAAUUUUAGAAAAUGAAGAUAAGAGUUACUGUUGGCAAACAAAACAUUUUUGUUCAGUAAAUUGCUUAAAAGGCUAUCAAAAAACAGUUUUUGAUUCACAUUGUAAAAACUGUCAAAAUGUUAUAACCUCAAAUUUUGAAUUACAAAAAUAUUGUCGAUAUAUUUCUGGUCAACUAUUAGAGUUUUGUGGGGCUUAUUGCACUGAAAGUUAUGAAAAUAAGUUACGUUUGUGCAGUUUUUGUCAAAAGGAUUUAGUUGGUUAUGAUUUUGAAGAUUUCUGUUCAUCAUUUUGUCAAACUAAAGAUUAUGAAUCAAGGAGAAGACACACUGAACCAGAUAGUUCUGUUGUGGAUUAUGGUUCAAAUGAAAAAAUUCAACUCAUUGAUAUAUGCAAUGUGUGUUUCUGUAAAUUAAAUUCUUCACCCACAAAUGAGUUUCAAAUAUUAAGUAAUACAAAUAGUUUAUUUAAGUUUUGUUCAAAUGAAUGUUUAAAUAAAUUCAUUGUAUCAAAAAGAAGAAUUGUUUCUUGUUUAUCAUGCAAAGUUAAAAAGAUUAACACUGAUAUGAUUUCUACCAAAAGUGUAUCUUCUAAUAGUCCUACAUAUAUGUGUUCAACAAGUUGCAUUGAUCAUCAAAAACAAUUAGCAUCAUCAAAAUUAAAAAGGUGGUUGUACAAAGACGAACAGGAAUUUUUCAAGUAA